GGGUGUUUGUCUGACUGGCCUAACUAUGAGUCAACCGCGAAUUCGGGGAAUCACGCUUGACUCAUUUGAAUUGGAGUUGGUAAGUUAUUCGAGGGUCACUGCCGAACUGUCGUACCGUCAAUCGUGAAAGUAAAGUGAAUAAUGAAUCCAGCUCGCCGCUGCUCAGCUCUUCUGAGCCAAGCGUGUAUUUCGAAGCUGGAGGGAAGCGCGACCGGGAGAGCAUUUUCACCGGCUUCUGCUGUUCUACCAUCGAGGUGCCAUUACCCCGGAGGGCAGACGGUCGGUCGACAGCUCCAGUCAGUUGGAGCGUCCACGACGGGUCACGACGCGUCAGUUUGUCCAAUGGGCAACAACAGCAGCAGGCUGUUCAGUGCGUUGGCCCAGACACUGAACAGCAUCCCCUUAGACCAAACGGAUGAGAAUCUGGACCAGAAAGAUGUGAUUGAGCUUGACCCAGACCAGCUGCUCAGAGAGAGUAAGGAGGCCCUGAGGAGGCGUCCGGCCAGGCCCCACAGAGAUCUGAUAUAUCCUAAGGAGGCGCUACCUUGCCGCCACAAGCUCGGGCCCUCCGUACGAGUAAUACAGUGGAACAUACUCGCACAAGCACUUGGUGAAGGGAAGGAUGGAUUUAUUCGGUGUCCUCUUGAGGCCCUCAACUGGAAGGAAAGGAAGUACUUGAUCCUGGAGGAGAUCCUUACCUACCGUCCUGACAUUGUUUGUCUUCAGGAAGUUGACCAUUACUAUGACACUUUCCAGCCAAUAAUGGCCAGCCUUGGUUACCAUGGUAGCUUCUUGGCAAAACCCUGGUCUCCUUGUCUUGAUGUAGAGCAAAACAAUGGUCCCGAUGGUUGCGCAUUGUUCUACCGCCGCUCACGCUUCUCGCUACAGACUACAAUUAAUUUGCGGCUGUCAGCAAUGAUGUUACCCACCAACCAGGUAGCCAUUGUGCAGAUACUGAACUGCCGCUUAACAGGCCAACAACUUUGUGUGGCUGUCACACAUCUGAAAGCCCGAAGUGGCUGGGAGAGGCUGAGGAGUGCACAAGGUGCUGACCUGCUACAGAGCCUACAAAGCAUAACUUCCAAGACCAGAGGCAGCCGAGUGCAGUCGGGAGGGACUAAUCCUCUGGUGGUGUGUGGAGAUUUUAAUGCAGAGCCUUCAGAGGAUGUUUACCGUCGCUUCAGAUCCUCCCCUCUUGGCUUGGACUCCGCUUACAAGCUGUUGAGCACUGACGGACAGACAGAGCCACCGUACACCACCUGGAAGAUCCGCUCGAACGGAGAGAGCUGCAGUACGCUUGAUUAUAUCUGGUAUACGCGUAAUGUUUUGAGUGUGGACUGUCUGCUAGACAUUCCUACUGAAGAGCAGAUAGGUCCAGACCGCCUGCCCUCUUUUCACUACCCCUCAGACCAUUUAUCACUGCUUUGUGACAUCAGCUUCAGGGAGGCACUUUAACAUAGGCUUAAAAUCACAGAAACACCGGAAAUAUUGAGAGGAGAACGAUCAUAUAACGCAACAGAAAUUUGUCACUGUCACAUGAACAAUGAAAAGUCAGUUAGGCAUCUUACAAUCUGCAGCGGUUGGGUAAAAAUAAAGAAAAAAGAAAUCCAAGCACACAAUUAUCAAAAGACACUUCGUUACUGAAGAGACAACAGACCAAAUCUUGAAGCUGGAGUAGUGAUUCUCAACCAGUGUGCCGUGGGAAAUUAUAAAACUUUACAGAAUUGCUCAAAGAAAAAAAAAAACUAUUUACAAGAAAUAAUGUAUCUUCGUUCAUCUAUUUAUGCCAGUGAGUCACAGUGACAGACAGAACAAAUAAAUGCUCUUCUAUUCGGUGGCAGGAAGUACAUACAGUGAUGUAUCCACUUUUUGUGAGAUUUUUCAAUUGUAAAAUAUGUGCCUUAGCUCCAUAAAAGUUGGACAUCACUGAACUUGAGAAAGUGAAUCUGCUGCUUUGGUUCUCGUUGUUGUGAAGAAUUGCUUAGGGCUGCACCUUGAAAACAGGAUUUGAGCAGAAACACACAAACGGUAGCCAAAGUAGGCAUCUAUCACUGCCAUUGUCGAUUCAAAUACAAUUUCAAUUUAUAAUGAAGUUAUUUUGUGGAAGUGAAAUUUUGUCAGGUCUUAAAGUUAAAUGAAAUGUUAGUGGUUAAUAUGACGUGGAUUAAGACUCCAAAAUGUCAUUCUCAAUGAACAUUUUUGAAAUGACAGUAUGGUGGUUAAGGGCUUGUGAAAGCAACUGGAGUUAUUGUUUCCAAUAUGCUCACAACCUCAAUCUUAAAUCUUAUUUAUUUUUUGUAUUCAUCCAUUAAUUGUGUGACCUUUCCAGAAUAACGUUAAUAAAUCGCAUUGAAGUGCUAAAUGCAUGAUCUUUGUUGACUUAAACUUGCUAAAUAUCAGAAAAACUUUGCACCUAUUCCUUAUUAACAUACAAGCAAUAGUUAUUUUUUACUUUUCUCUUUGUGUUGUAUCAUUCACUAAUACACUUAACUUAUUAUGCCCAUUGUGUCUUUGUUUCAGUUUUGCUUUCAGGAGAGACAAGAAGGUUGCCCAAAAAUGUGGUUGUCAUUAAUGAUGUACAUCCUGUUUCAGACUGGAAUUUGUAGUUAUUAAAACAUUGGGCAAGGA